AAACAACUGUAAUUUUCAUCGAUAAAAUCAAGUUACUUUCCAACUUCGAACAAUAUCAGUUGAAUUAAAGUAUACGUUGCGAAUAUGAAGUUUCUGAUUGUUGCCGUGUUUGGUUUAUUGGUGGCCAGCAAUGCUGCAGAUUUGGAGAGAAGUAAACGCGGAAUUUUCGGAGGAGCUCACCAUCAUCAUGAUGAACAUGUACACUAUGAACAUGUCGAGCCACACCACGAACACGUUAGAAUUGUGAAGGUGCCUUAUCCGGUGGUGAAACACGUUCAUGUUCCAAUUGAAAGGACCGUGGUUAAACAUGUGCCAGUUCCUCAGCCAUAUCCAGUCGAAAAAAUCAUUAAAAAAAUUGUGCCUGUACCAUAUGAGCGAGUAGUUGUCAAGCAUGUCGACCGUCCAGUGCCUUAUCCCGUUGUUAAGGAGGUUGUUAAACAUGUUCCAGUACCAAUUCAUCAUGAAGAACCAAAGCAUUACACUUUGCUCGUUAAAGAGCAACAGCAAGGAUGGGUCGAGCCUCAACAGCAAGGAUGGGUCGAGCCUCAACAGCAAGGAUGGGUCGAGCCUCAACAGCAAGGAUGGGUCGAGCCUCAGCAGCAAGGAUGGGAUGAACCUCAACAACAAGGAUGGGAUGAACCUCAGUCGAACGGAUGGUCUAGAUAAAUGUCAUUAUCUCGCUAUAGAACUAGUCAUAUACUUUCAUUGUUAUUUGAUUUUUAUUAUCUUUUUUUUAUUCAAAUACAUA